CUGAAUUGUUACUUGUAUAGAUGAGUGGCUCAUCUAGUCGUUUUGUGCAUAGUAGACGAGUUGGGAAUAAAUAUAUUUUGGGAGAAAGAAUAGGGAAGGGAAGAUAUGGGGCAGUUUUUGAAGGUUUUGACUUGGAAAGCGGCAGAGUAGUCGCUAUCAAACAACUGCCUACAAAAGGAAUCCCAAUAGAGGAAGUGAACUCACUCAAAUCUGAAAUUAAGUUGUUGAGAAAUUUGCAACACAGAAAUAUUGUGGAAUAUAUAGGAUUUCAUGAAGAAAAGGAAGAUGACAAGGUCAACAUUAUCAUGGAAUAUGUAGAAGGUGGUUCGCUUGCAAAGACUGUAAACAAAUUUAGUUCAUUUCCUGAGCCUCUAGUAGCCUUUUAUGUUGAACAAAUAUUGGAAGGGCUCGUUUAUCUUCAUGAACAGGGUGUAGUGCACCGAGACAUCAAAGGCGCCAAUUUAUUGAGUACAAAAGAAGGCUUAAUAAAACUUGCCGAUUUCGGAGUCGCAGCAAGAUUGGAUGAAAUUUCUUCAAAAAAUAGUCCUGUCGAAGUAGUUGGAACCCCCUAUUGGAUGGCACCUGAAAUUAUUGAGCUUUCUGGUUGCAGUACUGCUUCGGAUAUUUGGAGUGUUGGAUGUACAGUCGUUGAACUUCUCACAGGUUCUCCUCCUUAUUCAGAAUAUACCGCUAUGUCUGCUCUGUUUCAUAUUGUAAGUGAUGCGCACCCUCCACUCCCUUCGACUGUCUCUUCAGAGUUGGAAGACUUUCUUCUCCGUUGCUUUAAUAAGGAUGUAACUAGUCGUGUAUCUGCCAAGGAACUAUUAAGUCAUCGUUGGAUAUCCAAGUCAAAGGAGGUUCCAUACGAUAAAUCGACGUAUUCUUUGAGAAACGAGACCAUCACUUCAUUACAAUCCAAGUUGACAAGUUUGCAACAUCUGGAGAAGAGUAAGGAAACUUCAAGUGUCCAAGUUUCGAAGUUGGAGCAGUUUGAAGAACCCAAGGAAGAGGAAAUCUUUGAUGAUUUAUUUGUAAAUGAUCAUUUAUCCAAUAUUGCCGUCCAACGUGAAAAUACUUCCAAUGAUAGAAUGGACGUAACUCAACAUUUGUGGCAAAGACUGCAACAGUCUCUAGAUGCUACCGUAACAGCGGAUGGAGGAACAGAACUUGAUGUUGUGGACGAGUUGGAUGACUUUGUUUGGUUGAAUUUACGCUCCAACCAAGGAGAACAACAAAUACUGGCAAAGGAAAGGGCUUUGAAAUUACUUUCUGGUAUGUUUGAUGAUCAAAGCCAAAUGGAAACUCGCAAACAGUGUCUUUCGGAAUUAUUAUCUUUGUUAACUACUUAUCCCAAUUUAUCUCAAUUUUUUACUAGUGAAGGCACAUUUUCUUUGUUAUUGGAAAUACUUGACUAUCCUCGAUGUGAACAGCACAAAUUGGAGUUUGUUUUACAACUUAUGUUACAUGUUUUAUGUUCUUUUGAUGGACAAGAAAGUAUUCGUUUAGAAGAUAUUCGAGACUUGGGUCAAUUUUUGAGCUCUAUGGGAUUUUUCCCUAUCGCAAUCAAGUUGAUUGACUCUAGAAUAUCUGAACAAGUUCGUCAAUUAACGUUUCAGAUGUUAUCUGUGAUUCUCUCAGAGCGAGAAGAGAACAUUCUGAUGUUUUUUGCCUGUCGUGGUGCACCCCGGAUCUUGUCCACAUUCUUUGAAGAAGUAAAUAUUGAAGUGGAUAAACAUAUUUUGGGUACUUUGAAGGCACUUUAUUUUGUAACUGAAAAGUGGUGUCAUUCCUUUGGUCGAGAAUGGUGUCGUUCUAUGGCAAAAUAUGGUUUUAUUGAACGCUUUAUGGGAUUUUUUUAUAGACUAACCAAUUUAGAAGAAAUACAAGAUACGAGUUAUGCCAUGAGAGAUGAAAUGAUGUUGAUUAGUUUGCGUACUUUAGAAAAGUUUAGUUUAUUUGUUCAAGGAGAACAGUCGGAUGUAACUAUUCGAACUCAUUUUCAGUCAACACAAGUAUUAUCUCCCAUGUGUCAACUAUUAUCCCGAUUGAAAGGUAGUAGUUGUCUCGAGUGCUUUUUAUCAAUUUUCGAAACUCUUUGUCGGAAUACGGAAACGCAUGAUAUUUUACAAGAAUGUGGAGCUAUUCAAAUUCUUGUUCGUUUACUUUCUACUUUAUGUGAUGAGGGUGGAAGUGAUCCUUGUCGAAGGCAUAUUUUGCUUUCUUUGUAUUAUUUGUGUUUGGCAAGUCCAAAAAGAAAGGAAGACGCAGCCAUUCAUGGCAUUAUACCUAUUCUACAGUCCAUUAUUCGGCAUAGUGGAAUUCUGUUUUCUGCAAACGGACGAAAGUUUAUUAGUAUUGAGACUACUAAAAGUGUAGAAAUGUUGUGUUGGUUCGCCACGGUUCGUUCCAGAAAAGUCAUGCAAUUGUUGUUGAAGAGCAAUGGAGUGGAAUUUUUCUUAGAUUUGCUUUCGGUGGUUCCAGGUAAAGAUAAGGCGAAAGCUGGAAGCAGUUUGGUUGAAUUAUUGGAAAGAGAACCCAGUCAAGUAGAAACUAUUUUGCUGCGAGAGAAAAAUAUUCAAAGGAUUGUUCAUCUGGUAACUACUUUGGGUCAGAACGAAAUUGAGUAUAUGUUGGACUCAUAUGUCCGAAUGCUCGUCUUAUCUUUGAAAAUUCGUGAAUCUUUAUAUCAACAUCAAGCAGUAGAGAAAUUUUUCUCUCGUUUGAAACAUCCCAAGACCAGUGUUCGUAAAUUAUUGUUGCAGAUUCUACAGUUGCUUUUGCAUGAUUAUCCAAGAGUGUUUUCCAGAGGAGAGAAACAAGUUUUGCUUGAUUUAGAAAGAAAUGAUUCGGCAGUUAUGAGCAAUAUCGACAAAUUGAUUAUGUCUUGGAGAUGUUUUGUUGGGGGCUUCUUUCGUCCAGCAAGUUGGAGAGCCAUUGUUUGUAAGGAAACUCAAAGACCGAACUUGAAAGGCUAUAUUCCUUUUCGAUCAUGUUCAACCUCUCAUUCUUGGGAACCGAAACCUUUGGAAUCUGUACCACUUGGAUCAGGUAUAGCCUUUUCUAAGAAUGUGUAUAUGGACCCCGAAGAAGUAACGGAGCGAGUAUUGGAAGUUGUAAAGUUGUUUGAAAAGGUGGAUCCCGGUAAGGUACAUCGAGAAGCGUAUUUUGAAAAGGACUUGGGACUGGACAGUCUGGAUACAGUAGAACUUUUAAUUGCUUUGGAAGAUGAGUUUGAAGUUGAAAUACCUGAUGAACAUGCAGAACAAAUGAGUAAUUGUUUGGAUGUCAUUCGAUAUUUCAGUACACACUUGUAUGCCACAUAACUAGAAAGAAAGAGAAGACAAGAAUAAAUAACUUUGAUAUAUGGUUAUAUCUUUGGAUAUUAUGCUCAUGAUUUCAUUUCUU